UACAAGUGAUCUCAUUGGUGGAGAUAAAGAAUAUAUUAUAAUACACAUCCCCUGUUGGCUUGUGAUGCAAAACUGCUAUAAAAUGAUCAGACUCAUGCUGUGCUAUUGCUGUGGGUUUGUGUGCUAAGUACUCAGGUAAGGAAUCAUGCUGCUUAUUGUGGACCUGCUAUUUUUCUUUCUCAUGGAUGUAAUAGGGGAAAGCCCUAUGUGUCAAAUUUAUGGGACAAAAGAACUGCCUCAGUUUUCUAAGGAGGGAGAUAUCAUCAUCGGAGGCAUUUUCUCCUUCCACCAGAACCCAGUUACAGUCAGUCCAGCACUCACAAUCAACCCAGGAGUAAUCCAGUGUGAAGGACUAGAAAUAGGUGAGCUUCAGUAUGCACAUACCAUGAUGUUUGUCAUAGAUGAAAUCAACAACAGCACUGAACUGCUGCCAGAUGUGACACUUGGUUAUAGGAUAUUUGACUCCUGCCCCAGCAUACCUCUGUCUAUCAGAUCUUCACUAAAUCUAAUGAAUCCAUAUAGAAACAAAGAAGGGUUGUGUAACAACUUCUCUAAUGUUUAUGCUGUUAUCGGGGACACCACUUCCACAUCUACAAUAGGUAUAGCACGUACACUGGGACCCUUCAAUAUACCUGUGAUCAGUCAUUCAGCCACUUGUGCAUGUCUUAGUGACAGGAAAAUGUAUCCAUCUUUCUUUAGAACCAUACCAAGUGACAUUCAUCAAAGCAAAGCAUUAGCAAAGCUUGUGAAACAUUUUGGCUGGACUUGGGUAGGAGCAAUCCGAACUAAUAAUGACUACGGAAAUGGUGGCAUGGCCACGUUCCUGGAAGCAGCAACAAAGGAAGGUGUUUGUGUUGAGUAUUCAGUUGCCAUUUACCGAACUGAUCCUAGAGAGACAUUUCUAGAAGUGGUGGAUAUUAUAAGAAAAUCCACUUCCAAGGUAAUAGUUGCCUUUGUUGAUGCUACAGAUCUUGACGUACUUAUGAAAGAGCUUUAUGCUCAGAAUGUAACAGGCCUACAGUGGGUUGGGAGUGAAGGAUGGAUUACGUAUCGUUAUUUUGCCUCUCUGGAAAAUUAUGCUGUGGUUCAAGGAGCUGUGGGCUUUGCAGCCCUGAAUGCUUACAUCCCAGGACUGCAGGAGUUUCUCACCAAUAGCAGGCCAUCCAUAACACCAGGAAAUCAGGGACUUGUUGAACUGUGGGAAACAAUAUUUCAAUGCAGCCUGUCUUCAGAAAGAGGGAUUUACCACCGUGAUUGCAAUGGGACAGAGACUCUGCAUGGCGUAAAGACACGAUUCACUGAUGUUUCAGAUGCCAGCCUGAUGAAUAAUGUUUACAAAGCCAUAUACGCUGUGGCUCAUGCUUUGAGCAUGCUAUUUAAUUGCAAAGAAGGACAUGGGCCCUUUGAGAACAAUACUUGUGCUAACAGGAAAAAUGUUCAGCCAUGGCAGGUGUUGCACUACCUAACACAGGUAAAUUUCACAACAAAGACUGGUGAAAAUGUUUUCUUUGAUGAGUCUGGUGACCCUGUGGCACGUUAUGCACUGGUAAACUGGCAGCUGGAUAACACGGGAUACAUAAAGUUUGAAACUAUUGGUUAUUAUGAUGCCUCCUGGCCUGAAGGUCAGCAAUUUGAGAUGAAAGUCGGAGUUAGAGCCAUCUGGGCAGGAGAAAGCCAUGAGGUACCACAAUCCAUCUGCAGUGACAGUUGUUUGGCCGGUACUCGUCGGGCUUUCAUUAAAGGCAAACCCAUCUGCUGCUUUGAUUGCAUUACCUGCGCUGAGGGGGAGUUCAGCAACAGUACAAGUGAGGCGAUGCCGUGAAAUGUGAAAAAUGCGCUCCUGAGUACAAGUCCAAUGAAGAGAG